UCCUGAAAUGUACCGAAGCAUCCUAUGGUAAAGGAAAAUAUAGUGAGAAAACUUGCACAUCUAGAUCCUCGUCCUAGCCUAGACGGAUACUACUCAUUCAAAAACAGCGACGGCUCCCGAAGAAUACAAAUAUUAAAUUCUCAGAAUAGUAACAGAACAAAUAAGCAACCAUAGAGAAAAUAUGAUAUACCUAUUUUAUUUUGACAGUUACAAUGUGUUCUGUGGUUAUAAGUUUUUGACUUUUGUUUGUUGUUUUGUUACUAACAACAAGUUGUUACUUGUUAUCGGCGCGUUUAUUUGCUGAGUGAUCCACACAUAAAAUUUUCAAUUAAAUUGGAAGGAAGGGGAACAAGGAGGAAAACUGGGUGAUUUUAAAAUUAAAGAAGUAGUAUCCGAAUUUAGCAUCUACAAUGUCGCAAGCUUCCCGCGUUAGCAUGAGCAGCAGCCACGACCGGAAGCUGCGGUACCGCGCGCUGCUUGAAGACCUCUCCAGUCUAGAUAUAGAAAGUUCCAACAACGAUGAGCUGAUCAACAAGACGUCCCACGCGGUGCACGAGGCGCACUCGCUGCUGGCGGAGGGCGGCGUGGAGGAGAGAGUCAAGCAUCCAGGCGAGGGUUUCCUGGACUCGCAGGUGCUGCGCGCGUCCAGCGACCUCGCCGUGCGUGGCUCGGAGAGCGUCAGCGGGAACGUGCACUCCUACGACCGACACGAGCUGGCGCAGCACAUUAAGGAGAACCCGCAGUUCUGGUCGUUCCCGCUGCCGCGCGCGGCGCCGCCGCUGGCCUACCUGUUCGGGAGCUUCGCCCCCGCGCCGCCGGAGCAGCGCCCGCGCGCGCCGCGCCGCCGCACCGAGCGGCAGCAGCUCGCUGCUCUCAAAGAGCCUGAGAAUGUUGAACAACUGGAGAAGACAGAAGAGGGUUCCGAGAUGGUGUCCCGCGUGAACCGCUUCAUCACGAAGCAUCACCGCAGCGUGGGACGCCCGCUCAGCUACUUCCACCUCGUGCUGGACCCCGGCAGCUUCGCAAGGACCAUAGAGAAUGUGUACUACGUGUCGUUCUUGGUGCGCGACGGGUUCAUAGCUAUUGAUGUUGACGAGUCAUGUGGCCUCCCGUUCGUGACGCCGGUGCCGGCGGCGCGGCGCGAGUCCACGGCGCGGGAGCACGCCGACGAGAACCAGUUCAUAGUGUCGCUCGACAUGAAGACGUGGCAGGAAUUCAUCGACGCGCUCGGCAUCACAGAGCCGAUGAUGACGAUCAAGAGAUUAUGAAACUGUUGCGGGUUUGUACAAUAUGUAUAGAGUGCAACUUUGUCAGUGAUGGACGAAGCACGAUGACUGAAGUGGCCGAUCUGUAUGUCUAUAGGUACAACAGUGAUAGUGAUAUAAUAUUGAGACUUCAUGGGUCUAUUCUAUUCUAUUCAUGGGUCGUUUGUAAUGUUUUGUAUCUAAGGAUAGAUUAUGUGAAAUUCCGCCUGUGAUAUUUUAGCACUUAUUACGAUUACUAGGUAGGUAGGUAUGUAUGUGUGGUUCAAUAAAAGUGAAUCAUCUAUUCGAAAUCAUCGCACUUUAACUCGCUAACUUCUAAAGCUGGGUACUGACCAACGUUACGAGGUGUAAUGUAACAUGUUACACAGCGAGCAUUCGUGCAGUCAGUACGUAGUGUUACGGGGAAACCAGCGAGCAACGAGCCGAUUUUAGAACACAGCAUUGCGUAACAUGCUCGCUGGGAAUGUUACAAUACAGUCUGUAACGUCGGUCAGUACCCACCUUUAUAAUUACUGCAAGCUGAAGUCGUAGUGAGCAAGCUAUAUAUGUCAUGGAACCGUCGAUCAAUGGGAUAAACGAGUUCUCCAGUCGAGACCACAAACAGGAAAGCGUAGCUGGACCGGCGACCUUAGGGUGCGUACAUAGAGAAUCGGGUUCCCUGUAUCUACCUGUACCGGUAACCUAAUUAUGCGAAAGCGCUCAUGACAUUUAAAAAUCCGGGAAAUUCUCCGUGAGCACCCUUAAAGAGGUAGCCGGUAGUGGCUGAAUGAGGAAGGACGAGGACAGAGUGUUGCGGCGCUCCUUGGGCGUCUAUGACCAGCAGUGGGCGAUUAUAGUGCGACAAACUUAUCUGUUCCGGUGAGAGCGAACUAAAUUGAUCCAUAUCUCAUUACUUACUAAUGAAUUGUAUAUUGUUAAAGACUAGAUGGGUUUAUUAACACCGCAAGAGCGAAUUAACAAUACGAACAAACAUAAAAUCAUAUAGAAUGAAGAAAUAUUAGACAUUUAUGUGAACUCUCACCGGAACAGAUAAGUUUGUGGCACUGUAAAGGAUGAUUAUGUGAUGACUUAUAAAUGUAGUUACUAAGAAUAAGCUGUUGCUAUCGUGGUCAGAGACUUGUCAAUGAAUAUUUUUAGAUGCAUUUCAUUUUCUUUAUGUAUUUUAAAAAAUGCUACUUAUUUUUGAAUCCUGUACAUAAUAUUCUUAAUUCAUUAUUUUAGUAAGGUACUUACUCAUUAUAACUGUUUUGUUACAGAGUGUGUUUUGAUAAUGUUUUGUUUGUAUUCUGACUGUGUUAAAUUUAAUAUAAGUAUUUUCUUAAAUGUUCAUUUUAUUUCUCAUACCUAAUAGCCUACAUAAAUAAAUUUAUUGACAUUGAAAUUAUCGUUGGAGGGAUGGAAAAUAAAAAUGAAGUAGUUUGCUCAAAAUAUAUUUUACAUAGUUAUAACCUGUGGUCGUCAUUUAGAGAUUAAUUUACAAUAUACAUAGCUACGUUACAUAAUACGUUUUAAACACGAAUCAACAUGAUAAGUUAUUUACAUGACUGAUGCCAGUGAGGUAUGCCGUUUCUCUUUGUUCAUUUUUCAUGUCACUUGUAAAAUCUGAUAGAGACAACUCCACCACUAAAGUCGGAUAGCGGCGAAGUAUGAUAGGCAGUUUAGUUCCUGAUUUAGCUGUAAGACUUCAGUGGGGGCACUUUAAAGGUAAGGGCCCACCUAUCGGUAUCGUAUGUAUCGGACGCAACGGAUUUGCAUAAAUGUAUGGAGAAACGUAGUUGGCAAUGCCGAUGAAGUGGACGCACUUGUGUGAAUUUCUAUACAAAGAAUACGAUGCGUCCGUUGACUCCGUUGCCGAAAGGUGGACGCUUACCUUAUGGCUUCAAUAUCCCUAUACGUGCAUAGUUAUAUAUAUUAUCUACACAUAACUUAAUCAUCGCUGAACAGAUGGCGUUCCUUUGUCCUUAAAAUAUGGCGGAAGGACCCAUCUAAUAAGUAAUUGAUCUGUCUUGAAUCAAUCUGUAACUUGAUAUCAAUGUGACAUAGCUAAAAUAUAUUUAGGUAUUUUAUAAUACAACAAACAUUUCAUAAUUCAUUGAAAUAAUAUUAGACAAUUAAUAAUGUUUCAUCUAUUUACAACCAAAUAUAGUAAGGGUGAUUUGCAUAAAGUCUUAAAUGUACCUACUCGUAAAAGUAAGAUUGAUUAAGAGUAAGUCAUGGAAUAAAGAAAUUUAUACAGACUUAUGAGCAAGCAGUCAGUCAUCAACAUAAAAAUAUAAAGAAAAAACUUAUAACUAUAACAUUAAGCAUCAAUAACACAUGAAUACAAAUACUGGAAUAUU